AUGGGCUGCUUCUCAUGUUGUGAAGACAAUUUCAUUGAAGCACCUGAUAUUGGAGGACAUUUUACAACCAGACGUACAGCAGGUGAUCUAAUAUCUUGCCUUCCAUGUUUAACACUGCAAAAUUCUUAUACUUUUCCGUUUAUUUUAAGUGUUUGUAUAUUCACCUGCUCGUGAUGUUGUGGGCGGGGACGUCCUUUAUGGUUUGACAGCUUAGAUGGAAGUACUCACCAUGAAGCUGUCACAUAGAUAUUUGGAAAACUUUAUAUGAUUUCUUAUUAGGGAUGAUGUGGAUCAAUAUCGUAUAAUCUGAGUAUUAUGGAGUUCGUUGCAUAAAGCCUUUUGCUUUAUGAGAGUCUUGCUGUUACUGGGUUUUGUGGAUGUUGCUCAUUGCUUUAGUCGUUUGCAUACUGCCUCCUGCCUCCGCCAACCACCGUACACAUUUCACACCUCUUCAUGCCUCCCUCAUUCCUCCUGCCACCCCCCUACUUGCUAUCAUUGAAGCCAGUAGGAAUGGGAUCAGGGAUUGGGAACGUUUAAAGGAUAAAACACAAAAGUCUGGAGUUUUCUCCUCUUUAUCUCCUUAAAUCUAACAUUCAGAAAUGUAUCUUUAACAUUUAUACAUUUAUACUUUUUUUAAUUAAAAAUAGCCUAUAUGGGUUUCUAUAGAAGUAAACAUAUUGUAAUAAAGUAAUCAUAGUCCAUUUGUUUUGUGUUUGAUGGCCUGAUAACUCUAACACGAUAUCAUUGCUGAUGCCUGCUCUUGAGAUGACUGUAUUUCAUUUAUACUAUUCUUAUCACAGAGCUCAAAAGUCAGCUUUCUUGUGAGGGGGUGUAGUAAGAACAGUCCCAUACUGGUUGGCCAAUUUGGUUUUGACUAGGACGGCGCAAUAACUCUUAACAGUUUUGAACUUAUUAAGAAUACGAAUCCAACUUGUUCGGGUCCCUUGGGUCAGACAUGUUUUGGGUAUACCAUGUCAGAACUUUAGUCCGAUCCAGUAAACCUGUAAUUCUAGCUACAGUUUGCCUGUUCAGAGAACUCAGAAGAACAAGGUUGGAAUCUCCUUUCUAGAAGGAGACACAGAAUAACGAACUUGCUGGAUUUUUCAAAAUAUAGUUCUUAAGUAGAAUCUGGAUCCAGGGUAAUAGGAAAGACAAAGAAUAUGGAAGUAGAAAUUUAUUGAGGUAGGGGCAGAGCAUGGUGGAAGGUCAAAUGAUUGACAAAAGUUAUCCCGACAAAGAUAAGAGCUUAUUGCUGGGCUAAUAAUAUCAGCAAUUCGCUACCAGAUUUUGUCGUCUGUAGCACUUUGGAGGUCAGCUAAGCCAACUGCAACUCGACCAUCAAACCCAUCAGGCUACAAGCCAGUCAAUUUGAUGAAACUGCAAACGGCAUAGUCUAAAAAAUCUUGAAUAAGAUGAACAACCAAGAAACGCGUGCAAAGGGAGUGAAGCCAGAAUUCGUUCAUUUUAGCUCGGAGGACAAAAAGAAGGGAUUGAGCCAAAAAUUCCACUACCUCUUCAGUGCCUCUGCAUUGGAAGCAAAGGAGAAUAUACUCCUCGACGAGAUUUUUAGUGAAUAAAGGUACGUUCUGAGAAGUUGUUUUUAAUCAUCGUUCAGAGCUCCCUAUCUAUUUCCCCUUGUACUGAUUCAGUUGUUUUUCUAUUUUCAAUCUGAUUAUAUUCAUCUUUAUUUCCUGUCUCGGAUGUUUCUUCUUGGCAGCUCUUUGUUGACUUAUUAUGACCAGUGUGUUCUAUUUUUGGACUCUUUUCAAAUCUUCUGCUCAGGGGACGAAGCGAGUUAUCAUGCUACAGAUCCUGCUCCGAGGGCUUCUCAGGCUGUACAGAUUCAGCCCAUUGCAGUCCCUUUAAUUCCUGUUGAUGAGCUGAAAGAAGUAACAGACAACUUUGGAACUAAGGCACAAAUAGGAGAGGGUUCUUACGGGCGAGUGUACCAUGGUGUGUUGAAGAACGGGAAAGCUUCCGCCAUUAAAUGGUUGGAUGCCAGCAAGCAGCCAGACCAAGAGUUUCUGACGCAGGUCAGGCAUUUCUCACCAUUUCGCAUCAUUUCCAUCUCCUUUAUACUAUUGUUUAAAAUCUUUAAUGGUGCAGGUGUCCAUCGUUUCUAGGUUAAAACACGAGAACGUGGUUGAGUUGCUUGGCUAUUGCACUGAUGGACGUCUACGUGUUCUUGCUUAUGAGUAUGCCACAAUGGGAUCCCUUCAUGAUAUCCUUCACGGUAAUGGCAUUACUACCCUCAAAUCGAUUUCCAUGACUCACGUCAGAUCAAGAUCAAGAUCAGGAAAUGUGAAACUUUCAUAAACUCCCAUGGUUUUAUUUAUUGGGCAGAUUUUUAGCAUAUAUUACUAUGCAUGAAGUGGGCGUUUGUAGACACUAUCUCUAGCCUGCUGGGGACUGUAAUGUUUACCUGCCAGGAACGAUCUAACCUAACCCAGUGUGUGCCAGCUGAGAUGCCCCUCAGCUCCUCCAUGGAGUCACUUCAGUUCUUUGGAUGACAUAUGCAUAGAUGUGUGUGUGUGUGUAUAUAUAUCGAUUGAUAUAUGUAUGACGUGGAUUAUGAACAGAGUUAUAUCGUUAUUCAUAUAAGUUUCAGGGCAUUAUAAAAAAUGGACUGAUAUGCCAUAAUCAGUCCCUUGCAUCCCCAAUAACUUUCCUUGUUUAACAACAGGUCGAAAGGGUGUGAAGGGUGCACAGCCAGGCCCAGUGCUUUCAUGGCAACAGCGGGUGAAAAUCGCUCUGGGCGCCGCAAGAGGGAUCGAGUACUUGCAUGAGAGGGUCCAGCCUCACAUCAUCCAUCGGAACAUCAAAUCCUGCAAUGUGCUCGUCUUCAGAGACAAUGUGGCGAAGAUCUCAGACUUUGAUCUCUCGAAUCGGGUCCCUGACACAGCAGCGCGUCUUCACUCCACCCGUGUUCUUGGAACAUUCGGUUACCACGCCCCAGAGUGAGUUCCUUCUCCUUUGGAACUAAUGGAUUAAUUAAGGCUGCAAGCAUUGUGGAUGAUAACCAUGGGAUUCAUCAAAAAAUAUGAAUCAUGUAUUUCCGGAGAUUUUACUAUGAAUGUGUUGGGAAUUCUCGCUUAGCAUCUAUUUUAAAUUGGUUUUUUUUCUCUAAUUUACCUUUGACCAGUGAGGCAUUUUUCGGAUAUUUCAAUUAUCAUAGCGGAAAUUAUUCGUAAAUGGCUGUUUUCCAAAUUAUGCCAGAUCAAUAACUGACGCCCCCUCCCCUUCCCCAUUUAGCUGUAAUAAAAUGAUUCACCGGCUAGUUACUAUAUUUCAUUUUGCCUAUUUGAAUAAAUACCUCGGAAAUAUUUCCUUUCCUUUUUUUUUUCUUUGGUGUUUCAAAUCAACGAGUGGUGACCCAUUUAGCUUUAAUAGAAUGAUUCUGCGGCUUGUGAUAGAUCAGGCAAUGACGGUUUUUUUUUUUUUUCAGAUUUCAAUAAAUACCUAGGAAACUUUUCCGUUCCCUCGUUUUUUCAUAUUUUAGCUAAAAGUAAGCAAUUUUUUUUGCGGUUAUGUCGCUAAAUACUUUGGAAAUUUUCCCUUUUGCUUGUUUAUUUUAAUUGGUAUUUCGAAUUAACAACGGAGGACACAUUUGACUUCAACGAAAUUACACGGGGAAUCAUAAAAGGAAACUAUGCAUUUUUUUGGAGAAUACAUUGAAAAUGUAGGGAGCAAAUCCUGAUUUGGUAUUUUCUAGAUGAUUUCAUAUCAGUGCCUGAUGGCCAGUUUAGCUUUGAUCAAUCCGGACCGUCGCUUUCUCUAUCUCAGUCAUUUACAGUUUGGAUGGCUUCCACCUACCUGGCAGAUAUGCGCUGACUGGGCAGCUCAACUCUAAGAGCGACGUGUACAGCUUUGGUGUCGUUCUCUUGGAGCUCCUAACCGGACGUAAGCCAGUGGAUCACACAUUGCCACGUGGACAACAGGGCCUGGUGACAUGGGUAUAAACCCUACCCUUCAUUUUCUGACUCUAGAAAUACUCCUCCCGGAAGCUCCCAGAAAAUUUCACUAACUCCAGAUCCGCAGGCGACCCCGAGACUCAGUGAGGACAAGGUGGGGCAGUGCGUUGACCCAAGACUUGAAGGAGAAUACCCCCCCAAGGCAGUCGCAAAGGUAAAAUUACGCACCAACUAUAACAUAGAUAUAUUAAUUAUUUUCUCUUGAUACCCAAAUAUAGGCUAAUUGUUUUGAUACAUUUUACUUGCCAUAUUUUACAUUAAUUAGUAUCCAAAAUUUUAGUAGGUGGAGUUAAUUUAGAUAUACAUUAAAAAAAAAAAAACUUGAUUUGUAGAAAAUAUUCAGACUAUUUUCGAAAUGUGUUGAUUUCUAGGAGCAUUCUUAGCCCCCUGUGAGCGAAGGGGGGAAUCCGGCAGAGUCUACCCUGAGAAUGGUGCUGAUUUAUGUUUUUCUCUCGCAGAUGGCCGCGGUGGCGGCGCUGUGCUUGCAGUAUGAGGUUGACUUCCGGCCGAAGAUGAGCAUCGUGGUCAAAGCCCUACAGCCGCUGCUGAAUCCGAGGUCCACCCACCCUGGGCAGGCCCAAGAGCUGUGA